AUCGAACAUAGUUUUUUUCCAUAGACCUCAACACAGAGAAACACAACCCAUCAAAAUAUUUUGAUCCAACGGUUUAUGGUCAUCCACGUGUCGCUUCAUCCCUUUGAUCCACAUUUUCUAUCAUUUUCUUUUUCCUUUUCUGUCAUUUUUCAAUUUUUUUGGGGUAUUUUCAAUUUUUUCAAUAUAAACUCUGUGAAACCAGAAAGAAACCCUAAUUUUCUCUCGCGGUUAAAAAUAACAAGAGAAAAAAAAAGAGGAAUAGAAAUUAUAUUCUUUUUUAUUUUCAAUUUCAAACGAUUCAGUUAGGGUUUCAAAUCGGCGACAUAGGAAUUUUCAAACCCUAAUAAUCUAUGAAUUGGGGCUUUUGAUCUUCGUGACAUGGAAUGAAUCGGCUAUUGCGUAAGAUCUGAAGAAAAUGCAUGUUGCAUUAUGUAUGAUGGAAUGUGAAAUUUUGGGUAGUGGUGUGUGUGAUGGAAUGUGAAAAUUAGGUGAAAUUUGGUCUGGGGGGGUUUGUACUGUUGAUUAUUGUUCAUGGAAGGUAGGGAAGAUAACUCUAAUGGUGCUGAAGUUCCUAAGAAAUCAAGAUCUUUGGAUCUUAAAAGUUUAUAUAAUUCAAAAUUGACAGAAGAGGCUCUGAAGAAAAGCUCGAAGAGGAAGGGUAGUGGUAGUACUGGGGGUGGUGAGGAGAGGAGGAAUAAAAGAAAGAAGGCUAGAAAGGAAGUGUCUUUAAGUAGUUUAGAAAAUGCUGAUGGUAGUGGGAAGAAGGUUGUUGAUGAAGUAAGUGAGAAAGGGCCAAGUUCUGGUGGGGACGAUUUGGGUGAACUGGAAUUGGGAGUGAAUGAAGGAAUUAAUAGCAGUAGUGGGCUUAAUGGAGUUUUGGUAGGUGUUGCUAGUGAUGUUUGUAUUCCUAAGCGUAAGAGGACUUUAGUGGGCCGGAAGAAAUUUGAUCAUGGUCAAUCAUCGAAUCCUGUAGAGGAUCCUGCUCAGGAGUUUGGCCAUGAUGAUCUGGUGCCUAAGUUAGGUAGUGAUGAUUCAGGUAGGGCAGUUCAAUCUUCAAAGACUAAUUUGAAGAAAUGUUUUGACGAGUUUAAGGAAAAUAGGAAUAGUGAUUCAAAUUCAAUUUCAGUUCAGCGUGUCAAGGAGAACGGGGAUCAUGUCCCUAACUCUUUUGUAAAUAGUGGGCAUUCAUCUUUAAAAAAGUCAAAAAAGAAGGAUAGGAAGCAAAAGGCUCUGGCUUCAGAUAAACCUAGGGUUUCCAAGGAGGGCGAGCCUUUGAUUGAUAGCGGUACAAUAUCUGUUGAUUUGCGUGAAGAUGAUGAGGAAAAUCUUGAGGAGAAUGCAGCAAGGAUGCUUUCUUCAAGGUUUGAUCCAAGCUGUACUGGGUUUUCUUCUAGUAGCAAGUCUUCUCCCCUGCCAUCAGCAAAUGAUUUGUCCUUUUUGCUACCUUCAAGUCGAAAUAUUGUUAAUCAUGGCUCAAAGUCUCGGUCGGGUUCAGAAUCAGCUUCAGUUGAUACCGCCGGCAGACAUUUGAGGCCAAGGGCACAAUGCAAAGAUAAGGAAAAGAAGUCCAGGAAGAGGCGCCAUUUUUAUGAAAUUCUGCCUGGUAAUGUAGAUGCAUAUUGGGCACUGAAACGUAGAAUUAAAGUAUUUUGGCCUUUGGAUCAGAGUUGGUAUUAUGGCUAUGUCGAUGAUUAUGACGAGGAGAAAAAGCUUCACCAUGUCAAAUAUGAUGACCGAGAUGUAGAAUGGAUUGAUCUCCAAACUGAGAGGUUCAAACUCUUGUUACUUCGUAAUGAAGUUCCUGGACGUACAAAGGGGAGAAGGGAUUUGACAAAAAGUAGAAGGUCUGAUCAGCAAAAUGGAAGCAAGUCCAGAGAAGAAAGGCAGGGAGAAGUGAUUAAGGACGAUGAUAGCUGUGGUGGGAGCUCUAUGGACUCGGAGCCUAUAAUUUCGUGGUUUAAUCGAUCUUCUCAUCGGCUUAAGUCAUCUUCUAAUCACGGCAUUAAGAAACAGAAAACUUCUGUGACACAUCCAAGUACAACCUCAUCAUUGCUAUAUGAUGAACCUGUUUCAGUAAAGGGAAAUGCAACUAAAAAUUCCUCUAGGGGUGUUACAAAUAAUUUGUCUCGUGGUUCUUUAUCACAAGAUAAGUUAGGUGAUAAUUUGAGGGAGAAUUCCUCAUUGCAAAGCGCCACUCAAAUUAAAGAUCGCAAACAGCCUGCUGUAUAUGUUAGGAAGCGGUUUCGAAGGUCAGCUCCAAUGUCGCCUCCUGUGCCCAAAGAGAAACACAUCAUUGUAAGUACACCCUGUUCUAUUUCCUGUGAUCAUGUGGUUGGUGGGAUUCAGAAUGUAAAAGAACCAAGUGGCAGGAUGUUUGAGGGGCCGCUGUGGUUCAAUUACAAUGAGGGAGUAUCAAAAGUGUUUUGGGACAUGGGGUCAGCAUCAUUCAAAUUUGACUUACACUUUCCUAUAAGGCUGAUAUUAAAAGAAGCGUUUCAAUCCGAAAAUUUGUGGGUUCUCUAUGCUGUUUUUCUGCUUCGGUAUGGUACAGUUGUGACGAAGUGGCCAAGAGUUUGUUUGGAGAUGCUUUUUGUUGAUAAUGUGGUUGGGUUGAGAUUUCUAUUAUUUGAAGGCUGCUUGAAGAUGGCUGCAACCCUUGUCUUUUUUGUCCUCACGGUUUUCCAUCAACCUGCUCCCUUGGGGAGUAGUGACUUGCACUUGCAGCUUCCGUUUACAUCUAUUGGAUUCAAGCUUUCCAGUCUUCAUGCGAUCAAGCAGCCACUUGUGUUUGAACUAUAUAAUUUCUCCAGAUUGAAGAAUUCAAAUUGGGUGUGCUUGGAUUCUAAGCUCAAGAGGCACUGCCUACUCAGUAAGCAGCUCCAUCUAUCUGAAUGCACAUACGAUAACAUCCAGGCACUUCAGCGUGGAUCAAAUGAGUCCACCGCAGCUUCCAUCAGUGAGCCCUCAUCAAUCAAGGUAGUGAGGAAGAGGAGUAGGCCAGGGAUUAACAUCAUGGGUGUUUCCAAAGCGUCCUCUCGAGUUGAUACUCACCAAUCUUCUGAUGUCGGCGAGAGGAAGCUUCCUCCAUUUGCUCUUUCUUUUGCUGCUGCACCUUCAUUUUUUCUCUGUUUGCAUCUUAAGUUGCUGAUGGAGCAGUCGGCAGCUCAUAUAGGCUUUUAUAAUCAUGUACCAGCAGAUGACCAGGAAGAUUCUGGCUUGGUGACAGGUGACUAUUCCAACAUGGAUGAUAGCUCUAACAGGAAUUCAGAGAUUAUGCAGCGGAAAGAUACGGCUACUUUGUCAAAUGGUGCUGCAGGUGAUGGAUUGUUGUGUGCUGGGUUAGAUCAAUUAGCCGGUACAUCUACCUGUGGUGAUCGAGUUGUCUCUCAUAAUGACCAGAAUAUUGGUCUUCAUGGGACUGAAAUUUCUAUUUCCCAUGGUUCUGAGAGGCUUGGUAAUAUCCACUCACCAGCAUCACAAUCCAGUCAUUCAGCAAAAAUGCUAGGAUCAUUACCUUCAAGUUCUUCGAUACACCAGGAUAAGGCAGGCGAUGGUUCUCGUUCUUUUAAUGGUGAUCUCCAUGUCCAAAUUCCUUCAGUUGAUGAAUUUGAGAAACCUAAUGCUCAACAGUCUCCUGAUUUGUCUUGGAACAUGAAUGGAAGUGGUAUUCCAAGCUCCAAUAGAACUGCUCCAAGAAGUUCUUAUCGGAACCGGAAUAAUUCGUUGUCAUUGGGAUUCCAGUCACAUGCAUGGUCUGACGGCAAGACUGACUCUCUUUACAACGAUUUUAGCAAUGGACCCAAAAAGCCGCGUACCCAAGUAUCAUAUUCAGUACCAUUUGCAGGGUAUGAAUUAAAUUCAAAGCACAGAAUCAAUAAUCAGAAAGGGCUUCCUAACAAACGAAUUAGAAAGGCCAGUGAAAAGAAGCCCUCAGAUGUUGCUAGGGCCCCUGAAAAGAAUUUUGAAUGCUUAUCUUGUGAUGCAAAUGUCUUGAUUACAGUUGGUGAUAAAGGGUGGAGAGAAUAUGGCUCCCGUGUUGUAUUGGAGCUGUUUGAACAUAAUGAGUGGAAACUCUCUGUAAAACUUUUAGGAGUUUCAAGGUAUUCAUACAAAGCACAUCAGUUUAUGCAGCCUGGAUCAGCAAAUCGUUAUACACAUGCAAUGAUGUGGAAAGGAGGGAAGGAUUGGACAUUGGAAUUUUCUGACAGGAGUCAGUGGGCUCUAUUCAAGGAGAUGCACGAGGAAUGCUACAACCGGAACCUCCGUGCUGCUUCAGUUAAAAACAUACCUAUUCCUGGUGUUCACUUGAUAGAAGAAAAUGAUGAUAAUGGAUCCGAGGUAACUUUUGUUCGGAGCUCUAUGUAUUUCCGACAGCUUGAAACAGAUUUUGAGAUGGCUCUCGAUCCAUCCCGGGUUCUGUAUGACAUGGAUAGCGAGGACGAGCAAUGGUUUUCAAACAUUCGAAAUUCUGAAAUGUACAAUGGUGACUUGAAUGGGAUCACAGAGGAGAUGUUUGAGAAGACAAUGGACUUGCUUGAAAAGGCUGCAUUUGCUAAGCUGCGUGAUCAGUUUACACCAAAUGAAAUAGAGGAACUCAUGCUUAAUGUUGGGCCUUUGUGUAUAGUCAAAAUCAUUUAUGACCAUUGGCACCAGAGAAGGCAGAAGAAGGGAAUGGCUUUAAUACGGCACUUUCAGCCACCUAUGUGGGAACGAUAUCAACAGCAACUGAAGGAGUGGGAAGUAGCCGUGACCAAGAAUAACCUUUCUUCUAACGGAUGCCAGGAUAAGGGUGCAACUUUGGAGAAGCCACCUAUGUUUGCUUUCUGUUUGAAACCAAGAGGUUUGGAGUUACAGAACAAGGGAUUAAAACAUCGAUCUCAAAAGAAAAUAUCAGUCUCUGGGCAUACAAACAAUUUUCGAUAUCACGAUGGCUUCCACACUACUGGAAGAAGACCAAAUGGCUUAGCAUUUUCUGAUGAAAGGUUUGUAUACCCAGGCCAUAGUUAUGAUUCUUUGGACGAUUCUCCAUUGCCUCUGACAUCACCAAGAGUAUUCUCCCCUCAGGAUGUUGCCAGCAUGAAAUAUUAUUCUAUGAGCAAUGAUACAUACUACAAAAAUCAUAUGCAGAAACCUCACAAAAGCAAGUCCAAGAAACUUGGGUCAUUUAUAUAUAAUAAUGAUUCACGGAUGCCAACUUCUUACGGUCAGGGUAUGCCAGUGUCAGAAAAAAGAAACGGGGUUCGAUCAAACUUGGUCAAUUAUGACAUAGCAGGUCACAGGCAGUACAUAGCAGAUGGCACUCACAAGCAUAGGAUUGAACAAUUGAAUGGUCCAGCCCAAGCAGAGUAUAGACGGCGAGAAGCAGAAAAUGCUGCUCUGCAUGCACGCAAGACAGCUAAGUUUAAGAGACACAAGGCUGAAAAAUUGCUUUCUAGAGCAGAUGUAGCAACUCACAGGGCUAUGGUUGCUCUUAUGACUGCUGAAGCAAAGAAAGCUUCCGACGAAGCGGUUGGUGAUGGUAGGUAGACCAACAGCUGAGCCUUUGAUAACUUCAAUAAUCUUUUUUGUCUGGAAAUGGAGCUGCGAAGAGGAGAUUUUAUUGCUGCAAAGUUAAUCUCCCUUUCAUUGUUAAUCUGAACUUUUUUUUCCAGCUUGAGAUCUGCUCUGUUCAGAUUUACUGUUGCAUUGAUCUCACGGUAUAGGUCUUUUGAGUUUUUGGCUGCCUAUAUUUGUACAGAUUCUCCCCCCUCCCCAUUUGGCAUUUGUGCCCUCCUUCCUUAUCCUUCCCCUUCUCAGUUUCAAAUAUUCAACAUGAAAAUAGAAAUUGGCCAAAUAAUACAACACCGGGUUUGAACGAAAA